UAAAAAUUUUUUAUGCUUGAAUAUCUAUUUGUAACCCUAGAUAUAUAUGUGAAAAAAAUAGAUAACAGUUUCAACAAUAGCAGAAUAAAACUAGAAAGCACUUUGUUAAUAGUCUGAUAUUUUAAUUUACUCAUAGAAAGUCUAUACGGAUUUUUUUUUUUUUUUUACCGCAAAUCAACCCAAUUAUUAUCUUUGAGUCCAGGGUCAAAAAUCUUCAUUUUGCUAUUAAUAAUGAAACCUUUCCUUAGUUUUUUAAUUGACAACUUUCCCAACAAUUGCAAUUUAAUUUAAAUAGAAAUAAAAAGAUAGAUGUUGGAAGUAGUUUAUCAUUUUUAGGUAAAGGAGAACUGGGAAUUGGGAUGGAUAUAGUGAACUAGUGGACUUUUGCUUGCAGUUUCCUAAUUUAAUAGCCUUAGCAUGUUUUCAUAUAUAUGUUCCAGGAGCACCGAUCCACUCAGGAGGAUAUUGUUUCCCUUUCUGACGCUGCAGCUGUCUUCCAAGAAGAAAUCAAGAAUUACAGGCUUCCUAAUCAUCCAAGAGAUAUUUAUUUUUCUUGAUUUUACCCUCUUCCACACUUCUAAGUGAUGUAAAAGAGUAUCUAAUCCUAUAAAAUCAUCUGGAAGAAAUGAAGUGGAAAAAUGAAACAUUUCAAGUAGAAUUCAUCCUCCUUGGAUUUUCCAGCAUGCCAAAUAUUGAAUUGGUUCUAUUUCCAAUAGUCCUGGUGAUGUACUUUGUUACAAUGACUGGAAACAUCCUUAUCAUAUUUAUAGCUAUAAAAGAUCCAGCCCUUCAGUCACCUAUGUACUUCUUCCUAAGGAAUUUAUCCUUCAUUGAGAUAUGCUUCACUUUAGAUACAAUCCCCAAAAUGUUAGUUAACCUACUGCUGAGAAAUAAAACUAUCUCCUACACAGGUUGUGCAAUUCAAAUGUUUUGUUUCUUCUACUUUGGAUGUGCUGAGUGUUUCCUCUUAGCUGCCAUGUCUUAUGACCGUUAUGUUGCCAUCUGCAACCCAUUAUACUACGCCAAUAUUAUGAGCAGGCACUUCUGUCUGAAGUUAGUUGGUGGAGUUUGGCUGAUUGGUAUUCCUGUCUCAUUGUUGCAGGCAGCCUGGAUCUUCAGCCUUCCAUUCUGUGGCAUGAAAAAGAUUAAUCACUUCUUCUGUGAUGCCCCUCCUGUGCUGAAGUUAGUCUGUGCGGAUACCUCUCUUUUUGAAAUGCAAGCCAUAGUCUCUACACUUGUAUUCCUUAUGUUUCCUUUUGUACUGAUUUUGAUUUCCUACACCCGCAUCAUCAUCACCAUCAUCACAAUGCCUUCAACUGUAGGCAGGCAAAAAGCCUUCUCUACGUGCUCAUCUCAUCUAAUUGUGGUGAUAUUAUUCUAUGGAAGUGGGAGCAUUGUUUAUCUAAGGCCCAAUUCCACCUAUUCACCAGAACUUAAAAAGAUAUUAUCUCUGUUCUAUGCAGUGCUUACUCCCAUGCUAAACCCCAUUAUCUAUGCUCUGAGGAACCAUGAAGUGAGAGGAGCACUGAGGAGAAUUCUAAGACAUAAAAGCUUCUCAUAGGUUAUAUCACUUAUGCCGACACUUUUCAAAAAUAGCCCUGUCUUAGACUUCAGGACUGCUUCAUUCUGCUCUGAAAAGACCACUUAGAAACCUAUAUGGAAGUGGUA